UGUGUUCUAUGCGUUACAGAGACAAACUGCUGAAAAUAAAAUGACUGUCUACUUGAUCUUCCAGGACUCCAGCUCGUCCUCCUCUUCUUCAUCAGAUAGUGAGGAAGAGAAGAAAAAGAAGAAGAAAAAGAAGAAGAAGAAGAAGAAGAAGCUGAAGGUCAGAGUCACUGAUAGGUUCAAUCAAAUGUGUGGCUUGAUAUGCAGAAAGAUUAAUAACCUUCUGUCUCUUUCUUCUCCUUUCCAGGACUCCAGCUCAUCUUCCUUCUCUGAUAGCUCUUCCUCUUCUUCAGACAGUGAGGAUGAGAAGAAGAAGAAAAAAAAGAAGAAAAAGAAGAAGAAGGAAAAGGAUGGAGAGAAGAAGGAGGAAGAGAAAAAGGAUGAAGAAGGCAGCAUUUGUGCUGGUACUUCUGGGGCUGGGGAGGUGUGUAUGGAGCAGAGCCUUGGAGAAGUAGAGGAUGUAGGUCUGGAGAAGGAGAAGAAGAAGAAGAAGAAGAAGGAGAAGAAAAAGAAAAAGAAGAAGGACUCCAGCUCCAGCUCUUCAUCCUCUGACAGCUCCUCAUCUUCCUCUUCAGACAGUGAGGAUGAUGAUAAGAAAAAGAAAAAGGAAAAGAAGAAGAAAGAUGAUGGGACCAUGGAUGAAAUUACUGCUGAUCUGACUGGUGGAGGUGCUGAGGCAUACCCUGAUAUAUAUGAUCCUGGGCAGCUGAGCGAUGAUGAGGGGGAGGGGGAGGAAAAGAAGAAGGAUAAGAAAAAGAAGAAGAAGACAAAGAAGAAGGGCUCUCAGAGCUCCUCCUCUUCAGACAGCGAGGAUGACGACAAAAAAGAGGACAAGAAGGACAAGAAGAAAAAGAAGAAGAAGAAGAAGAAGAAGGACUCCAGCUCCUCAUCCUCCUCCUCUGACAGCUCUUCCUCCUCAGACAGUGACGAUGACAAGGUACUGCCCAGUUCUCUCUGGUCACCGCAGUCCAAGUACAUCAACCUUCUGUUUCUUUGAACUGAAUGCUGAACUGUUAGACACACACAGCUCCUCUUCACCUGGGAUUACAGGUGACAUGCAAUAGCUCAGUGACCCUGGGCUUAGGGUACAUGCUCUGACACAAGAAGGUUAGGGGUUUGAGUCAGAGCCAAGACAUACCAAAUAUUCAAAAGUAGUCAUAGAUGGGUCAGGUGUUACUCUUGUGCUGACCAAGGGGUUGACUUGUAUGUUUGGUUAUUUGUUUGCAUAGAUAAGAAGUACUGGCAACAAGCAUUAUGUCAAUGUCAUUAAACCUUUAUUUAUCUGAAAGUUUAUGGGAGGUGCCUAG